AUGGGCGAGAUGACUACUCUUGGAGGAGUUUCAAUGUACGAAUCUAAACCUAAAGAGCCUUCCGUCCGUGCCCUCCUCUUCCUCUCUGAUGCCUGCGGGCACGCCUUUAUAAAUAACCAGCUCCUCGCCGACGGUUAUACUACAGAAGGAGGGUACCACGUCUUCAUGCCAGACCUCUUCCACGGUGAUCCGCACGGGUUCGGAAGAGACGAUAUCAGUGUUUAUGAGUGGUUGACACUGCAUCCGCCAGACAGAGUGGAGCCUGUGAUUAAUACUGUGCUGGCUAAGAUUAAGAGCUCUGGUGACAGAGACCAUAAAUUUAAGACGGUCUGCACUGUUGGAUUUUGCACCGGGGCGAAGUACGUUACGCGGUUGCUAGGGAGAGAGGACUCCGGGAUCGCUGCGGCUUAUGAGGCACAUCUAAGUUUUAUGAGCGUGGAGGAGCUUAGGGCUGUUAAAAGGCCGUUGAGUAUUGCUGCUGCUGAAACGGACGAAAUCUUCACGACCGAGAAACGUAGGGAGAGCGAGGAUAUCCUAAAGGAGAUUGGAGUGCCUUAUUAA